GUCUUCCGUCUUCACCACAAAAUCUUACCAAAGUCGUUUUUAAGAUGAAUUCUAAUUACACAAUAUUAAACAUCCGGGCUCACUCCUGGGCCGAGAAGGACAAUUUGGUAUUUCCAACUAUUACCAAGCCCGUUUCGAAUGGCUGGUUCGCCUGGUCGCCAAUCGGGCAAUUCGAACCAAAUUCUCAAAAAGUGCCCUACGUCGUGGUGCCGCCAAGCAUCAAAUUUCCCAUUUCUCUUCGGUACAAAGAUUCACCGCCGAAGCUGGAAAAGAAGCCCAACAUUUUUCUGGACAACAUGCUCCAGUAUAUAGAAUCUUCGUCGUACAUGUACGUUAUGGUAAGAAACAACCAGCAGGCACAGCUAAAUGCCAAUAUAGUGUGCACCAGCGAAGUCCUGGAGCUGAUGAUGUGUGCUCCCUACGAAAAGAAGACUGGAUGGUCAUUGGGUGUCACCCGGUAUCGCAACACAAUGUACAUUUGCCGCAUUGAUGUUGAACAACCCGACCCCAUUGAUCAGGACAAUCUGAAGAGGGCCAUGCAAGAAUUUUGGCUUAGGAAUCUUCGAACCCAUUGUGUUUUUGAAAACGGCAUUAAGAUGCACCAGCACAAUCAAUCUUCUGAAGAACAUUUACGCUUUCAUGGUGUAUUUUCCUUUGAUUUGAAUGGUAAUCGAGUUCUAUUUGAUUCUCCAGUACUAGCCGAGAUGCCAAGCACAACAUUGAAUGGGUCUGCUCUAAGCUGGGUAGACCUGCAGAUACGCCCUAUGUUCAUGAGUCGACUGGAUUGGCCAGAGCACAAUCGCACAGAGGCCCUUAAGUGGUGGGUCAAGUGUUUUCUGUUGGGAAUCGAAAGCCUCUAUAUAGCCCGCCGCGAUGAAAACGCCCAUGUGCACAACAUUGAAAAGACUUUGGUGCGGGAUUUAUGGAAGUCUUGCGAAAAAGAUUGGUCGCCCACAGUGUGCGCCAACUUCAUGAUUUACCUACUCAAUUGUAUUUCCCAAGUUAUGGCGCCGAUCGACUGCCCCAGCACCGUUUACCUUUUUCAGUUCGACGCGAGCCAAGGAACAGUAUCAUACAAGGGCUUGCGAGGGCGCAAUCAGUACACGUUCGUUUCGGACUGGUUCCGGAUGAUGCUGGACGAUCACACGAACGAUAUGUGUAAGACACCGAAUUUGCAAACCAUGUCUUCUAUAGUUUAACAAUAACAAUGAGAACUGGCAAAGAAAUAUGAAUACCGAAAUAGCAGAACAAAAGUGGUUAACUAAUUAAAUGAAGAUUUAAGUUUAUUGCGACAU